UGUUUCGGAGGACGCACGGCUCUCGACCUUUGCCUCUCCCGAGUCCGUACGGGAGUUGCAGCGAUGGAACUGUAAGACUGUAACUACAAAUCGGAUACCACAAAAUAGUGUAUCUGUGGGUUCUACUGGAGAGAAGGCUGCUGGGGCUUCAAGUGCUGCCACUCCAUGGUCAAACAGAGCUACUGCACCGGAGAGGCUGGCAUCAAAACUACGAUCUCCUUGGCCUGUGUUCCGUUUGAGGAGGGACUUGAGGAGAAGCCGAAGACUACUGGAGAUGCCCAGGGAGAAGCUGAAAAGAGGAGAAGAAGAGAAGAAGAAGCACGGCUCAGACAGCAGCGACUCUGAGGAGGAGAAGAAACAGAAACUGAACAAGGCCCUGGCUGCAGAGGAAGUGCGUCUGAAGCAGGUCGAGGAGAUGAUGAAGGUGGAUGAGAGGAAGAGGAAGUACAACUGCCUGCAGGAGAUCAAGGAGCCCACGGAGGAGGAGAUGGAGGCCUUCAGGAUGAAACGCUCCAGGGAAGACGACCCCAUGGCCAACUUCCUGGAGCUGGGACAGUGAUAGUCAGUGACGACCCCAUGGCCAACUUCCUGGAGCUGGGACAGUGAUCGAGUGAUAGUGACAACCCCAUACUCUACGCUCACCCCUACCUACA